CACAAGUUGAUGAUGAAGUAAUCAGUUACUCCACGCACCAUACUACUCACCUCACAACCUUAGCUACCCUUCACUUUAGAACACCAAUAUUGAAUCUCUAUUUCCCUUCUUUUCAUCACUCUCUCAUUCUUUCCCACACCCCACCUCUUCUUAUCCACACUGUACUUUCAUUCUUCCAAACAAUUACCUUACAUAUAUAUUUCUUGGCACAAAAUUAACUUUAUAUAAUAGCAUAAUUUUCACAAAAUUAAUGGAAGAGUCAGGAGAAAAUUGGCCUUCUCAUGAUUCUGAUUUGGAAAUACAUGAUAAAGUCAUUUUUGAAGAUGGAGAAUCUGAAUCUGUGUGUGGUGAUGAUGAGUAUCAAAUUGGAGAUCCCACAGAUAUUACAAAGGAAAGCAAUGAGAAGGAGAUAACACAGAGAUUGAAAGAACUUUCAGAUGUCAUAGGCUUAAAGAAGAUGGACGACGACACUUCAAUCGUGGACAAAGCUAGAGACUAUGUGGAAAAACUUGCAGAACGUGUGAGAGAGCUAGAACAAGAAGCUGGAUCAAACAUUUGUAGCAACAAAAGGACCAAAGUGAAUUCAGAUGAGUACAAUUGUGGAACAGGUGAUAAUACUCUUCCAGAGAUCAAAGCAAGAGUGUCAAAAAAAGAUGUACUUGUCAUAGUCCAUUGUGAGAAACAAAAGGGUAUCUUGCUCAAAAUACUGACCCACCUUGCAAGUCUUCAUCUUUCAGUAGUUAAUAGUAGUGUCUUGCAAUUUGGAAAAUCCAUCCUUGACAUCACCAUCAUUUGUAAGAUGGGUGAUGGCUACAACAUCUCAGUGAAUGAAUUAGUGAAAACUCUCAGAAUGGUGAUAUCGACACAAUAGCAUGUGCUAGUUACGUAUGAAACAAGUGUAGUUACUACUAGUUGUAUUCUAUGUGUAGAUCUAUUUUUAUUACUAUGCAAGAAGUAACAUUUUGGAGCAUAUGUUAUAUGCAAAAUUUUAAGUAUUGGGUUCAAGUUAGGUGACAA